AUGAAAUCCUUUACAACAAUUAUCUUUGUAGUUUUUGCUGCUUCCGCUGUGAUGGCUGGACCUAUUGCCAAGGAUGCCAACGAGAAACCUUCCAACAACCUUGAAUGCAGUAUUGAUAACUUGUUGAAUUGCAAGACCGAUGCCGAACUUGCCAAUGCUAUGGGCAUUUGGGAACACGAAGUUCGUGAAAAGCAAGACCCCUGCAGCGUUGGACGAUGCCAUCCCGCCUGUUUAUACAACUGCUGA